GUUUAUGUGUUUAUCUAAUGAAACGUCAGUCCAGUCGUGCAAAACAUAUGUGUAUUGUAAUCGCAAUUGAGUUUUAAAUUAACAAAACUUUAUUCAUUAUCACCGAAAACUGCCACCAAUUACCCGGAUCAUUGAGCAUGAAGGCGCUGAUACUAGUGGGCGGGUAUGGGACACGACUGCGUCCACUGACACUAUCGCAACCCAAACCUCUGGUGGACUUCUGCAACAAACCGAUGAUUUGUCACCAAAUUGAAGCACUCGUACAGGCAAAUGUCAAACACAUUAUACUUGCCGUCAGUUAUAGGGCUGAGCUCUUGGAGAAGGAGAUCAAGGCGAAGGAACAGGAGUUGGGAAUAACGAUAACCAUAUCGCACGAGGAGUACCCGUUGGGAACGGCGGGUCCGUUGGCCUUAGCCCGGCAUCUAUUGGUC